CCGCCGCCGCCGCUCAUCGGAGUAGACCCCUACCGGAUCAGAUUCGCCGCCGCCGCCAAAUGAGCGUAGCUGGGGUGCAGUUACCUCCAGGCUUCAGAUUUCACCCCACCGAUGAGGAGCUAGUCCUUCACUACCUCUGCAGAAAGUGCUCCUCCCUCCCCGUCCCCGCCCCCAUUAUCGCGGAGAUUGACCUUUACAAAUACGACCCGUGGCUCCUUCCCGAAUUGACCGUCUCGGGUGAAAAGGAGUGGUAUUUCUUUUCCCCUAGGGACCGUAAGUACCCGAAUGGCUCCCGUCCCAACCGUUCCGCCGGAACUGGCUACUGGAAGGCCACUGGGGCCGACAAGCCCAUCGGCCGCCCCAAAACUCUUGGUAUCAAGAAGGCACUCGUGUUCUACGCUGGAAAGGCUCCGAGGGGCGUCAAGACCAAUUGGAUCAUGCACGAGUAUCGCCUUGCAAACGUGGACAGAUCCGCUGCCAACAAAACACACAACUUGAGACUGGACGAAUGGGUGCUAUGUCGUAUAUACAACAAGAAGGGAUGUAUAGAGAAGCAUUACCAAUCCACGGAUGACUUUGAGGAAGAGGAUGAGAAACCAAAUAUUAGUGCCACCAUGCCCAACAACAACAACAUGGUACAAAUGGACACUUCCUAUUCGGUGCCCAUAAUGCACACCGACUCCUCCAGUGGCUCGGAUCCGGCGACGUCACCCGAGGUCACCUGGGAUAAGGAGGUUCAAAGUCGACCCAAAUCGGGAGGAAGAGGAGGAGAUAUUGACUUCUUUGAGUUUAGUUACAUUGAUUCUUUCUCGGCGGAGGACAAUCCAUUUGGAACACAAGUUCAGUUCCAGAUGGACAAUCUUUCGCCGUUGCAAGACACGUUUUCAUAUUUACCGUGGCAGAUUUAAUGUAAUAACUCAAACUCAUAUCUCUUGAACUUCCCCUCAAGAUUUUAAAAUGUUUCGGCUAGUAAGAGGUUUCCAUAUCUUAUAAGAAA